CCGCAUACCGAGCUGCGCGCGCGCACAGAAACCAACCGUUUUGCAUCCAACGUUCAGUUGUUAGGCCACUUUCGGGGUCAACAAUCGUUUUAUCGUCAAACUAAAACAUUUUUGGCACAUAUAUUUCCAAAAAUCAAACAGUGUUUGUGUUAAGAUGUGUUAGUGUCUCUGUAAGUGUUAAGUGAAACUAUGUGAGUGAUAAUGCGCCAUUUACUUAUACUGGAUAUGGUCGUGUGUUGAAAAAUGUGGAAGAUCAUUUUCUACGUUAAAUCUGUGAGGAAAAAGGGGGCCAGUGUAUAGGCUCUCACCAUGUCUAGCGGCAGCUGCUCAGGUCCAGGGGUGUGCGGCGGGGCGCGUCGGCGACCUCCACCGCCGCCCGAGCCAGCCCUGUCUCUAGCCGCCGACCUGAGCGAGCUGAGCCUCGACCAGGGCUACCACACGCUGGCAGACUGCGGCCCGCCCCGAAGAAGACGUGACAACACCCUCAACGACGCGCUGUGGUUGAAAAUACUGUCUUAUUUAGAGGUAUCAGACUUGUGCCGCGUCUCUCGUGUGUGUAGGCGCUGGGCGCGACUGGUGGCGCGGCUCACCACCAGGCCCGAGAUCUGGAAGAAGAUCCGCGCCGCUGGACCCUUGGAGAUAGCUGCUAGAUGCGCCGGCGCACGCGCGGGCCCGUGUGUUAAUGCUGUCAAGGAGUGGCGCGCGAAGAAUUGCGCGGUGACAGUAGCGAGUGCCCAGCUUCUAGCAGCGACCUUCAGGAACCUCACGCAUCUGGCAGUGACCGGCUCCAGCAGUAUGGACGCGCGAGCUCUGGCGCCUCUAGUUACCGACCUGGUGGACUUGAGGCAUAUUGAUUUGACCGGUUGUCCCAACGUGGACUGGCCGGAGUGGGCCUGGUUGGAGACGCGGCUGGGGUCGCGGCGGCCCCCCGUCGAGUACAUCGACCUGACGGACUGCGGUUUGGUUACCGACGCGGGUCUCUGCGCGCUACUUCACACUUGUCCUUCGCUCCAGUACCUGUACCUUCGGCGGUGUACUUUGGUUACAGACGCGGGUGUGAGAUGGGUCCCAUCGUACUGCGCGCUGAAAGAACUCAGCGUCUCUGACUGUACCGGCGUCACGGACUUCGGGCUGUACGAGCUGGCAAAGUUGGGGCCUGCGCUGCGGUACCUCUCCGUCGCUAAGUGUACUCAGGUAUCAGAUUCCGGGAUUCGAACAUUGGCCCGCCGAUGCUAUAAGUUAAGAUAUCUGAACGCGAGAGGAUGUGGAGCUUUGGGAGAUGAUGGAGUAGAAGCCAUUGCCAGAGGGUGCUCAAGGCUUCGAGCCUUGGAUCUUGGCGCUACUGAUGUCUCUGAAGCUGGGCUGCAGAUAUUAGCCCGAUGCUGUCCAAACCUGAAGAAGCUGGCUCUCCGAGGCUGCGAGCUUGUUGGAGACGAUGGUUUGGAAGCAGUUGCGUACUACUGCCGAGGGUUGACGCAGCUCAACAUCCAGGACACGCCGGUGACGCUGCGAGGGUACAGAGCUGUGAAGAAGUACUGUAAAAGAUGUGUUAUCGAGCAUACGAACCCUGGGUUCUGCUAGUGCAACGGGAAAAUUGGAUACUUUAUGUGUUGGUGCUACUGAAUCAUCUUUAGAUCUAGGUGCUAGUCCAGUGACUGAGUGAUGUCAGCUAUAUUUAGCUUUCAUGCUAGUCUAAUAACAUGGAUGUUAUCUUCAGACCCUGAGGCUAGUCAAAUAACUGGAUUAGUGAAUUUCGUGUUACAGUUCUGAGGCCUUAGAUAAGUAGCAAGUGUUUCUUUGCUAUAUUCUUUCUACAUAUUUUUUAUCUAAUCAUUCUUUAUUAGCGGUAAUAAUUGUAGAAAGGCAUCUUGUCUAAAGUCUCUGAUCUUAUACUUGGUUUCUUGGAUACAUUGGCCUUGAAGCCGUGUUGAACUUUCCAGAACUUGUAUUGCGGAUUUGAUAAAUAGUCUUUGGUGCUCUGGAAUACUGUCCCAUAUUGGGUUUUCUUUGCUGGAGAUUACUGUGGGGAAAUGAAGUGUCUAAGCUGUUUGGUUUAGCAAAGAGAGGAUGGAAUGUUUGAGAUUGAAAACAUAGCUAUUGUAAAAUGUAUAGAAAAAAAUUAGACCUAUCUUGGAUUCAAUGUUUGCUAACGAUAAUGAUUUGUCUUGGAUGCAAGAGGAUAAAUAUAGAGGAGAAGAAAGUCGGAAAAUAUACUUAUUUUUUUGUGUAUACGAUAAUUUAUAUUUAAUUUUGCUGUUCUAAAUUUAAAAGAGACAUUUGAAAAAAGAGGAUUUAUUGUGCUAUAUUCGUAGAAAAAAUUAAAAUAUAUUUAUUCUACAUAUUAGAAAAUAUAGACAAUUGUUGCAUAGAGCCAAAAUUAUGGUGUCUUAAAUCUCUGUACAAAAAUAUAAAUAGUGCUUAAUAAUAAAUAAUACUAUAAAUUUUGUAAAUGCUUUAAUAAUAAUUCAUUAGUUGUUAUGUUUAUAACGAAUAUAAACAGGGUGUUUUAGUGAUAAAAUAUCAGCAUAAUUGCCGUUUUUAAAAUAUAAUCAAUUUGAAAAUGUAUUUGUACUUCUUAUUUGGUUAUUUAAGAUCUUUUUCGCGUGUAUUUAUUUUCCCAACUGUGAUGUUUUGUCUUUCAAAAUGAUGUGGUCAUUAACUUGAAACAAAUGUGUCUGUUAGAUAUAUUUUGUGGUCCCAUAGUCUACUUUCAAAGGAGGAGGGAAAGGGGGAGGGGGGCUUUCAAGUUUUUUCGAAAAUGUUAGUAUGUUUUGCUUCAUCUGACAAGUUCAUAAAUAGUUCCGACACGCUGUAAUUAUUAUAGUCAUUGCGACUGAAUAGAACAAUAAAAUCAGUAUCAAGUAGGUGUAUUCGAAAUUUAAAAUAUUAUCUGCUAUAAACUGGUAAUGCUCAAAACAUUUUGAAUUUCGAACAUUACAUUAUAUGUAUAAAGCUGUUUUUAAAUUUUGGCUGUUAUUUAUAUUUGGUCGGUUAUUUUUUAUAUGUUGUAAUAUAAUUUUAUAAUUCACGCGAAUAUUUAUUUUAGAUUGGAAUUGGAUAAUACCCUUGCCAUAGCACCUAUAAGGGUGACAGCCCCAGUCCAUCGCAUAGCACUAUUGUACUAUCAGCCCUAAAAGUAACUGAAUAAAUUAAAAACUUCGAAACGUCUUUACACGUAAACUUCAAUGGAUUUUUUUAUCACUUAUAAAGUUUACACUUUCUAGUUUCUUUUAGUGAAGAAACAUCGAAUGUUGGUACGGAGUCAAAGGAUUAAAGAUGAUUUUUAAAUUUCUAAUUUGUUCAGUUACUUCUGUUCCUGAUUAUGCAACAUAUUGAGGGAAAGAAAAAACUAUGUAAAAACAAUAUCGGUAAAAUCGGAUGAAUAGGAUCCAAUGGGGUGAAAAGGGACGAAUUAUAAAUCAAAAUUAUUCCGAUGGGGAAACUAUAGAAAUAAAUUUUCUCGUGCACAAUGGUAACGAAAAUGACGAUUUGAAUAACAAUUUGUUUUUUCUGGUAAUCUUGACCUAAAUUUGAUUUCUUUUUAACCGUAGUACAAAUAUUUUUUAGAACUUAAUGUCACCGAAGGUAAAAUAUAAAAAGGGGGUAGAUAUUCAUUUACACUGAAUUUUUUUGUUUCCUGAAUAUGGAGUUAAGUGCUUUCCGUUUGAUGUGUGAUUAUUAACAAAUAGUUUUAAUGUAACAUGUAAAGUUCCUGUAAAAAGAAUUUUAUGCUAAUAAUGGUCGUAUAGUUAAGUAUACUUUUUCGGAGAAAGGGCAAAGGAAUCUAUUGCAUACUGAUCCGUCUGCCCAAAAAUUAAUAUUUUUUAUUAUUUUUGGUUGAAACCUUUUUUUAUACGCUUGUAAUUAAUUCUAUCCCUGAGAUUUAUAAAAAUUCUCAAUAACAUUUUUUGCCUACGUUAUGAGUGAAAAAUGUAAAUAAUCCUUUUGUUGGAUAUUAAUUUUAAUAAAAGACUAUGGAAUUUAAUAAAGACUGACUACAUUAUGAUUAGCCCAAUAUUGCCUUCAUAACAAUACAAAUAACUGGUAGCCGCGUCUAAAAUUAUGGUCCCACGAUUUUUGUAAAAUAUAUUUUUUAUUUACAAAACCUAAUUAGCGGGUAAGUCUCAGUUUACUUGUAAAAUAUAUUUUUUUAAUUAUUAACCUAAUUAUAUCAGCAGAUUGAUCUUACUUUACGUAUGUAUGGUAACAAACUAUAGCAACAGCACCUAGAAAUUUAAGUUACAAAGUACUUCAUUACAAUUAUUGUUAAUAAAUAAAGUAUACGUAUUUUAAGGUCGACAAGGGUUGAUUUGAACCCUUUAUGUAUGUUUGGAAUGAUGAAUUGAAACAAUUAAAUAGAAAAGAGAUUUGUGGAACAUCAUUCGAUAAAGCAAUAAAUACCGACAUUGGCUUGUUUUAUCCACGGUAGAUGAUUUAAACAGAUAAUAAAUAAUAUAAUAAAAAUACCACAUAGGUAAUUUUUAUCUAAGUUUUAAAACUGGAUACAAUUAUAGCCCCAAAGAGAAUUGCUUAAAAACGAAUUUUAGUUUUCCUUAUCAGAAAUGCAUAAAUAUUCAUUAAAAAACUAUAUAAUUACAUUUUUAUUGCUUAAUCUUUGUAAUAUAACGGUAAAAAAUAAAACAAGGUUUUGGAUUUUUCUAACAAAUAUAUGAAAAUACAUGCGUAUGUACUGAUGGAGGCAACAUUUUUCGUCCCGCCAUCUUGCAAAACGUCAAUUAUGCGGAUGCCCUUUUGCAAGAUAGCGGACGUUAGUUCCGAUUUUGGCCACGUUCAUUACAAUCCUUGUCGGUCUAUAAAAAUACCCGUGCCUACAAUUAUUUAGUAGUUCCUAUUUUUAUUUUUUUAUUUAUGUUUUAUUUUUUAAUUUUCUGCUCCGGUAUUCUUAUUUCAAAACUGUGAUAUGAUCAUUAUUAGUAAUUCGAUUAAAGGUUUGGUCACACGUAGACGUGUUGGAUUUGAUGAAUGACGGGAACGUUGUUGUUAGGGUGUCUAGCACGAUAUUAUUUUAAUAAAAGAACGAGCUGACUCUUCUAAGAAGUUAAGUAUACAGCCACUUAGUCAUGGCUGACUUGAAUUGUAGGUCACGAAUGGAGACAAAGCCAUUAUUUCCGAAUACUGGAUAACAUAAGAUGCUAAGGUCGAGUGUCGUAAUUAGCUUCAAGGCAGCUAUGUCUAAGCGGCAUUCUGACUGAUUGAGGAGCAUUCGCGCUUUGAAGACGAAUUUGCUAAGGUCAUCUUUAUAAAUAUUUAUAUUUCGUGCCUGAUAGCACACGGCCUGCGCACGGAUGUGUGUGAACAAACCUUGCUUGUAUAAUACUAUGCUGUACUAUAAUUGUGUAUAUUUAAAAUAAGUCCGUAUAAAUAUGUAAUUAUGAUAUCUUAUAAAGAUAUUGUUCAUUAGUGUGUAAUUAUAAUGUCUAACUCAAUUGCCAUUGUUGAUUUAGUUUUUACAAUUAAAUUAUAUUUUUAACA